AACCCUUCUUCAUCCCUCAACACCAUGACCACCCUCACCGGCAAAACCAUCCUCAUAACCGGCGGCACCCGCGGCCUCGGCGCCGUCACCGCUCUCGCCCUUGCCCGCCUCGGUCCACACAAGAUCUACAUAACCGGCCGGCCCUCCUCUUCCGCCACCGCAGACACACUCAUCUCCAAAAUCCGCUCAGAAGCCGAGUCCAACUCCAACGGCAACAUCUGCACAAACAUCACCUUCCUCCCCACCGACAACGCCUCCCUCGCUUCCGUCUCCGCCACCGCUCAAAAGCUGCUAGAAACCGAAGAGAGAAUCGACAUUCUCAUCUGCAACGCCGGCAUCGCCGCCAUUCCUCUGGGCAAAUCAGAAGAUGGCUACGAGAUCCAAUUUGCCACCAACGUCCUCGGCCACGCUUUACUCAUUCGCAAACUCUUGCCUCUGUUACGCAAGGAUACCUCUAGUGGUGCAAGAAUCAUCAGCCUAGGCUCCUACGGCUACCGCAUGGCGAAAACCGUCGAUCUCGAGCGCGUGUCUGGAGAUGGUUUAGCUAAGGACAAGGAUGAUUUCCUGGGGUAUCAGAGAUGGCGGCGGUAUACAGAGUCGAAGUUGGCUAAUACGCUGUAUACCUCUCAGCUUGCGAAGCAGUACCCGGAGAUUAUUUCGGUGACGGUCACGCCGGGGUUUGUGGAGAGUGAUAUGGUCAAGAACUUUGGGUUUGUGGAUCAUUGGAUGACCAAGUUGGGAGCUAAAUUGGCUCGGGGGCAGAAGGGAAUGGUGACGGUGGAAGAGGGGGCGGAGAAUACUGUUUGGGCUGCUACCGUAGAAGAAAAGGAGUUGGUGAAUGGAGGGUUGUAUGAUCCUGUUGGGAAGCGGGUGCCUGAGGGGGAGUUGACCGCCGCGGCGAGGGAUGAGGCUUUGGCUAAGAGGCUUUGGGAGUGGACAGAGGCGGAGUUGGGGAGGUGGUUGUAAGGGGUGGGGGAUGAGUAAGAGACGGAGGGCGGGAACUUGGGGGAGGGGGGUGGGGGAGCCUAUAGAUUCAAUAGAUGUCCUAGACGUACAUGUAUCGUCACUUACUACUAACACCCAUCAAAUCGUUACUUUCCUGCUGUCAGCAUCACUCACUCCCUUCCCAAUAACCCUCCCACGUUUCUCACGUCAGGGAAAUAACCACCCGUCUCAUUCUUCCCCUUCCUCUCCAUCCUAUUCACUCCUUCCUUCGACAACAAAUCCCCAACUGGCUGUCCUAGUCCUCCUUGUCCCACUUGU